AUGAGGAUCUGGGGCAAGUCACAAGAGCCCCUGAAUGUAGCGGUGGUCAUUGUCGGUCGUCCGGAGUCGGGCAAGAAGUCACUGGCAAAAGCUUUGGAUGGCAGUAUCUACCAUCGCUCGCAUGACAACCAGUCGUUCCUAUUCGAUGUCGAAAUCCACGACGGAAGUUCACCCUCCACCAAGUCCUCAAAUCUCCCGUUCAUGGCCCUCAUUACGCUGGCUUAUUCACAGCGGACACGCGACGAGCACUUCGCCGAGCUAAUCGGCGUCGCGGCGUCAGUUUCGUCGAGCCACUGCUUCGUGCUCACCAAAGUGGACCUCGUUCCUCCCGGAGCUAAUGAGGAGCGCAUCAAUUGUCUUCGAAAAAGGGCUGCAAUAGCAUGGUCUUGCGCUUCCGCUGCUUUUUCAGCAAGCUCAUUGACACAUGAAGGCUUGGAUGAGCUCCGUGGCUACAUCGUUUUCCCCACCUGUCGAGACCUUCGGCAUUCGCAACUUGUGGUCUCUGUGCUGUUCGUAUGUGCUGGACUUUGUGGCAACGUGUUGUUCUCUCCCUCUUUCUACAAUGAGCAGCAAUGUAUGGCACUUGUCAUGCAUCAUCGAGAGAAAAGUGCUGACUAUGCUCAGGUCGACGAAGAGCUGGCCACCAUACAUGAUGAUGAUGCCCUCAAUCAACUGCGCAAAUUGUCGACAGCGAAGCCUUGGAACCAGCACAUACAGCGUGUCCUCGGCGCAAGCGAGCCAGGGCUUCUUCCCGUCAAGCAGAUCACCGACUCCUUAGUCGUGAAGUGGCCAACGUCCUCUGAGCGAGCAUGCUUGGAGUACAUCCGGAACCACACCACUAUCCCUGUGCCAAGAGUAUACCGUCCUGACUUGUCGUCACUCGUCAUGGAUCUUGUCGAGGGUGAGAACUUGCUCGAGUGCUGGAAUAAGCAAUCGCGCUUCAUGCAGUUCCGCAUCGCCUGCACCCUUCGAUUAUACGUCAAACAACUUCGCUCUCUUACAUCUUCGCGACUCGGCGGGCCGGAGAACGGGCGCGUUUCUGGUCUCCUCUUUCGGGACCAGGCUUAUGGACCCUUUCGAUCCACUCUUCAAUUCCGACGAUUCUGCGAGUACGUCGUCGCUGUGUCCUGGGAUGACCUGGACGCGCGAAAGUGCGCAUCUGGCGCUCCUCUGCCACCUAUACCCCAGUGCAAGGGAAGUUGGGACCCUGUCUUCGUACAUGGGGAUCUGAAUCCCAGCAAUCUGAUCCUUGACAAGCGCAAUACGCUGUGGAUUGUCGACUGGGCGACAGCGGGCUUUUAUCCUGCAUUCAUGGAGUCCCAGACCAUGCGGUACUUCAACGAGUAUGUGUGGAGAGACGACUUCGACAAGAUACCACGAUCAUGGAGGCAGUAUAGAGAGUUUAUCGCUGGAAAGACGGAUGCGGAAAGUGAUAGAUUCUGGGAUUAUUUCGAGUACACAGUCUAUCGGUUUGGUGGGGAUCCUUACGUAUGA